AUGGACGAGGAUGAGAGGUUUGAAGAGUUCUGCGAGAACACCUCCAGCAACUACCUGACAAAGGAGGAGGCACGAUCUGCCGAUCUAUUCUCUCUGCCAAAAGCGCAGGUGAUCACUGUGUCACCCGAACUGUCAACUUCAGCUGCCGCCUCAGUGCAAGGCAACACAAUGCAGCUCAAUGAAGUGGUCGACUAUGUCCCCGCCAACCGACUGAUCACAUUGACGGCGCCAAUUGACCCAUCUACUGUCAGCUUUCACCCACAACAGUUUCAAUUGGCAACAACAGGCAGUAAUAUGACUCCAAUCUACAUCAAAUUGGAGUCAAAUGAAAUCCUGCAGCACAAUGGCCAAAUACCCAAACAAGCGACCAUAAUUACUGACGCUCAAGUUCAGCACCCUGUGAUAAUUGAACAACACCCAUUAUCUCAUCAGGGCGUUGAUCCAUCUUUGUUGCAGCUACAGCAGGAGCAGCAGCCUCAGCAAAAGCAACGUAAAAAGAAACCUAAAAAGGUGGCCGCUACCAUUUCUAUUGAAAAUGUCAACGACGAUAAUGAAGACUCGAAUCUUCAAAAGAAUCCGAAAAAGUACAGUUGUGAACCUUGUAGCAAAUACUUCUCGACCAUUUACAACAAAAGAAGACACGAUGACAUGUUUCACAAAAAUAAGGUUGAGACUGCAUCCGAGUUUAAGUGUUCAUCAUGCGAUAAGGUGUUUACUUCGAUCUACAACAAAACUCGGCACGAAAACGUUCACAAGCCCAUCAACGAGCGCUUAAAAUACAAGUGCAUUAUCAACGAGUGUAACAGAGGUUUCACCACUCAGUUUAUCCUGAAAAUGCAUAUAAAGAAGGUGCAUCACAUGGAUGUCAAUUUCUGA